CUGAAAAAUGCUCUGAGUACGAGGUGGAUGGAUUACCAGGGGAUUGGGAAUUGGGAAGGUCUUCUCGACCCGCUAGACGACAACCUACGGCGAGAGAUCAUACGGUACGGCCAUUUUGUAGAGGCCGCUUAUCGAUCGUGCGAUUUUGAUCCGACGUCCACCACCUACGCCACGUGUCUCUACCCCAAACGUAAGCUGCUCGAGGAGGCGGGUUUCGCGGGCACGGGCUAUCGGGUCACCAAGAACCUGACGGCCACUUCCGGAAUCCGGCUACCCGGAUGGGCCGACCGGGCGCCGGCCUGGAUGGCGAUGCGGUCGAGCUGGAUCGGGUACGUGGCGGUCUGCCAGGACCGGAAGGAGAUCGCCCGGCUCGGCCGGCGCGACGUCGUGAUUGCGCUCCGGGGGACGGCGACCGGCCUGGAAUGGCUGGAGAAUCUCCGGGCGACGCUGACGCCGCUCCGGCCGAAUGCCGAACAGAUGGUGGAGAGGGGGUUUCGCAGCCUGUACACCUCCGGCGACGGGGACCGCCGGAGCCUCCGGGAGCUGGUGCGGGAGGAAGUCGGGAGGAUUCUGGAGAAGUACGGCGGCGACGAGCCGCUGAGCUUCACAUUCACCGGCCACUCGCUCGGGGCGGCGCUGGCGACGCUGGCGGCGUACGAUAUCAAGGAGACGUUCGGGGAAUCUCCGAUGGUGACGGUGAUCUCGUUCGCCGGGCCGCGCGUCGGAAAUUGGAGUUUCCGGUGCCGGCUGGAGGAGCAGGGGACGAAAGUGCUGCGAAUUGUAAACUCCGACGACCUUAUCACCAAAGUCCCCGGAUUCGUCGUCGACGAAUGCGGCGAGGAGUCGCCGGCGCCGGCGGCGGGGAAUCUGACGGGAUGGAUUCAGAGACUGGUGGAGGAGGCGCAAUGGGUGUACGCCGACGUGGGGUGCGAGCUCCGGCUGAGCAGCCGCGACUCGGACCUGAAGGACAUCGAUAUUGCCACGUGUCACGAUCUGAAGACGUAUCUCCAUCUCGUGAACGGCUUUGUCAGCUCCAACUGCCCGUUCCGGCAGACGGCGCGGCAGUUUAUGACCAAUACCACCUUAAUUGGGAAUUAA